AUGGGUGGGGACCCCCGGGCCACAGGCAGUAGCCUGCUUGGAGCCUCGGUUUCUCCACCUGCGGGACGCGGAAGUCCCCCCGCUGUAAGUCCAGUCUCACAGCCCAGCUCCGACCCCAAACCCAGCCCUUGCCCUCCGUGCUCUGAUCCUAUCUCCUUUCUUUCUCCAGCCGCGGAGGCGGUGCUGCUUCCCCAAAACGACACGCGCUUGGACCCCGCAGCCUACGGCGCCCCGUGCGCGCGAGGCUCGCAGCCCUGGCAGGUCUCGCUCUUCAACGGCCUCUCGUUCCACUGCGCGGGUGUCCUGGUGGACCAGAGUUGGGUGCUGACGGCCGCGCACUGCGGGAACAAGCCACUGUGGGCUCGAGUCGGGGAUGACCACCUGCUGCUUCUUCAGGGCGAGCAGCUCCGCCGGACCACUCGCUCUGUUGUCCAUCCCAAGUACCACCAGGGCUCAGGCCCCAUCCUGCCAAGGCGAACAGAUGAGCACGACCUCAUGUUGCUGAAGCUGGCCAGGCCCGUAGUGCCGGGGCCCCGCGUCCGGGCCCUGCAGCUUCCCUACCACUGUGCCCAGCCUGGAGACCAGUGCCAGGUCGCUGGCUGGGGCACCACGGCCGCCCGGAGAGUGAAGUACAACAAGGGCCUGACCUGCUCCAGCGUCACUAUCCUGAGCCCUAAAGAGUGUGAGGUCUUCUACCCUGGCGUGGUCACCAACAACAUGAUAUGUGCCGGACUGGACCGGGGCCAGGACCCUUGCCAGAGUGACUCAGGAGGCCCCCUGGUCUGUGAUGAGACCCUCCAAGGCAUCCUCUCAUGGGGUGUUUACCCCUGCGGCUCUGCCCAGCAUCCAGCUGUCUACACCCAGAUCUGCAAAUAUAUGUCCUGGAUCAAUAAAGUCAUACGCUCCAACUGAUCCAGAUGCCCAGAGGCUCCGUCGUCCAUCCUCUUCCUCCCCGGUCGGCUGAACUCUCCCCUUGUCUGCACUGCUCAAACCUCUGCUGCCCUCCACGCCGCUAAACAUCUCUCCUCUCGCCUCAUUCCCCCACCCAUCCCCAUUCUCUGACUGAACUGAAGCUGAAAUGCAGAGAAGCAUUAUUCCAGAAAAGCAAGGAAGCCGGUCAUCGCCCAGUCUCUGAGAGCAGUUAUUGGGGUCACCCAACCUGACUUCCUCUGCCACUCCCUGCUGUGUGACUUUGGGCAAGCCAAGUGCCCUCUCUGAACCUCGAUUUCCUCAUCUGCAAAAUAGGAACAAUGACGUGCCUACCUCUUAGCCAUGUUCUGAGGAGACUAUGAUAUAACAUGUGUAUGUAAAUCUUCAUGGUGAUUGUCAUGUAAGGCUUAACACAGUAGAUGGGGAGCUCUGACUAAAGGUUACCUGUUGUCAUGAUCUGACCACAUCCCAGUGAGAGCAUUUCCAGGGAAGAAGUGCACGGGGUAGCCCCCAAUCCCAACCCUGCAUCCCCAUCCCUUAGGGCUGAUGGAAGAAUCAUUUUCCCCACCCUAGUUCCAAGUCCCAGGAACCACCUUUUAACCACUUCCUUCUCAUCUCCCACUGUUUCCCACUUCUGGUUCCACCCAACACCAGUUCCUCCUGUCUUGGUAGGCACUAGGCUGGCUGUGAGUCAUAUAGCACCUUCUCUGCCUUCAUGGGGCUGCUAGAACUCAAGGGACCUCACCUUGCUUCCAUCCUAGCCUCUAAGACCAGAGGACUGAGGGGAUAGUGAAGAUUGGAGAACUCCUGCCACCUCAACUGCCAAGUUUGUGCCAAGAAACCUCCCUCUGACAUUUAGGGGAAAAAUCUUUGGUUUGUCUGUUAUUAAUUGGCCGUGAGAUUUUCGUCCUGAAAACUUGGGAGGAGGAAUUUUUUGACUCUCUCUGAAAUUGGGGGCGGGGAGGGGAGUUAAUACACAGAGUCCAGGUAAAGCUAAUAGAAGUUUGAGUGUCUACUGGGUGCGGUGGCUCACGCCUGUAAUUCUAGCACUUUGGGAGGCUGAGGAAAGUGGAUCAUCUGAGGUCAGGAGUUCAAGACCAGCCUGGCCAAAAUAGCAAAAUCCCAUCUGUACAGAAAAUAUAAAAAUUAGCCGGGCAUAUAAUCCCAUCUAUUUGAGAGGCUGAGGCAGGAGAAUCACUUGAACCUGGGGGGCGGAGGUUGCAGGGGGCCGAGAUUGCGCCAUUGCACUCCAGCCUGGAUGAAAGAGCGAAACUCUUUUUUUCUCAAAAAAAGAAGAAGUUUGAGUGUCUCAGCUUAUCCUGAACUUUGAAGCAGUAACAUAAGCUAGCUGAAUAUAGGCACAAUAGAAAUUUCCCAUUAAGCACUGGUUUGUUUGUCCUUUCAGUCACCAAUUUAUGGAGCAUCUAGUAUGUGCCAGGCCCAGUGCUGGGUGCUGCGGACAUACGUAGGGGUGAUCACAAGGUCCCUCCCGCUGCAAAGCCCACAGGAGGUUGAUGUACAAAGUCUGAGCACAGAGUCUGGUACAUAGCUCCCUUCCGUGGCCUCUUUCCCAUUCUGCCCCCAUUAGCACACCCAGGAAAUGUCAGUCAGUCAUAUCAGCUGGGUUUGUCAUCCAAGGAUCAGAAGCGAGGUCAGUGCAAACUUGAAAACUCGAUUCAUUUUUAAAGGCAACUCACCCAUCCCUUUAGUCACUCCACAAUGUUUAUUGAGCCACGUCUUAUGCCAGGCCUCAAAGAUGAAUCAGACCAGGCACUACCCUCAAGGAGUUGCUAGUUAGGUCGGGGAGACAGGCCAGCCUUACAUUCCUGUCAUUCGGGUGUCACUCAAAAGUCACCUCCUCCAGGAAGCCUUCCUGAAUUGCCCAGGCUAGAGGAGUCCACUUUUGGUCACCCAGUCCUGAUGCUCCGUUUAUUUUUUUAUAGCACCUAUUAUACCUGAAAUUA